CUCUUGCGCGCACCUGCUUGUUGACAAUUCCCGUUGCUAGCGACGAAACGUGUAUGUCGCUAGGGAAGCAACUUGAGAAAGUUUGGCAGGGUUCUCAGACUGAAAUCACUGUAGACGAAGAUGUAUGCGAGUGGAGGUCUCUCUAGCGCCAUUCAGACGGCAAAGAAAGACAUCGGUGAAAUUUUACAGAGCGGAAAGUAUUACUGCAAUGAGGAGAUCGCACGGGAACUGACAGCUGUCACGAAUGGCCUCAAUCACAUGAAGUUAGAUGACAGGCUCCUCUCAACCUCCCCAGAGUGGCGGGGCAGCAAGGGCGCCAUGGCCACAACUACGGUUCCUGAUGCGACAUCAGUGGUGGGCCGAGUGUCCGGCAUCCUCUACAACUACAAGAACCAGAUGGAGGGCAGCAGGAUGGCCGAGAAGCAGGAGAACGAGAUCCGAGAGAUGCAUCAGUGGGCUGUCACAAACCUCAGGAAUUCACAAAAGGACAUGAUGCCAUACACACUGACCGCUGCUGACAGGAUCCGGCAGUUUGGUGACCACAUUGGCGUCACUGACCGCUUCACCGGAUACCGCAACAACCUCACCCGCACAGCCAGAGAACCCGACCCCACCAUGUGGGCAGGAAGGCCUGGAGGUCUCACACGAUCACACACAACUAUCGGUGCCCCAAGCAUGGAGCAGAAGUUGAGAUAUGGGGAGCAGACGGCCCAGUCGUACGGCGCCAUGGGGAAGAAAGUCUCGUUUGGUUCUGAUUGGCCGGCUUCCUCCACUCUCAGGGGUUACCGCACGAUCGAUAGCCUCUAUCCACGAGGCACCACUAAUACCAUCAAGGGAAACCUCAGACCCAGCACCGUGAUGGCUGACGUGAAGUCAAUGAACGCCCUCAAUGCUCGGCUAGCCGAGGCUGGAAUGCCCAGCCCGAGGGCCCAGUCAGCCACCCUCGUGUCAAAGCCCCCCAGCACCAUGUCCGUACAGGAACAGGCGGGUAUCAACACUCACUUCCCCGGGGACACGGAAUACAUGUGCCAGUACACCAGGCCCCCCAUGGAUCUGCCGACCAGUCACUUCACCAUCAACCCCAAGCCGGACUUGUCCAUCUACGGUCGACCCCUGGGCAUCAAGCAGUUCUACCCCAGCUCCACCGAGUACCAGACUAGGUACAUGUGGCCGGACGGGUCCAGGAUUGUCAAGUUCCCCUGGCUCAGGAAGUGAAGAUCAACAGCCAAUCAAAGGAAGUCUCCCAGUGCUACUACUCCUUUUGGACCACAGUCAAUCUCAUUAAAAUCAGAUCUUAGUUCUCGCUGUUGCUAAACAAAGAUCUGAGGACAUCCAAUUAAGGGUCACGUCAGAACGACCUUUCAUCCAACUAAUCAGAGCGUCGCU